GCAACCGACCUUUUAAUCCUUCAGAUAAGUGGAUUUCUAAGGGAAAGGGGAAUCGCCGAGGACAUAAUAGUGAACUUUGAGGAGGAACGGGUGAGUGAUUAUUUUUAACUUUGCACGGACACUGAGCUGUUGUGGAAUCAGUUGUCUUUGAUCGAAGUAAUAAGGUAUUGAUAAAAUAAAAAAGAUGAUGCAAUAGUCCAAAUCUCCCAAACUAUUUUUAAACAACCUACAACCACCUACAACCACCUACAACCACCUACAACCACCUUUAUUUAUCAUUUUUAUUUUAUCAGGCAUUUUUUUGACAAUUUUUUUUGACAAAUGUAAAUACACACGGGAAGUGUUGUUUCAUGACUUUUUAUUCGCGACUCUUUUUCGCGACUUUUUAUUUACAUUGUUUUAAGUUUGCGUCAGAGAAUUUUGGCUCACAGAGGAUUACGUAGAAGGUAUAACCCAAGUGAUAUUGAUGCUGUUUUACAAGCUGUUGAGACCGAGUUGAGCGGCAGCGACAGAAUCUUUGGUUAUCGUGGAAUGUGGCAAAGACUACUACAAGGUCAUAAUCUUGUUAUUGGCAAAGAAACUGUUUGUCAUGUGCUAAGAAUAGUUGACCCGGCUGGAGUAGAUCGACGCCUGAGAAACAGGCCCAGGCGGAGGAACUACCGAGGUGAAGGACCCAACUACAUUUGGCAUGUCGAUGGCUACAACAAACUUAAACCUUUCGGCUUCUGCAUUCACGGCUGUAUUGACGGAUACGGCCAGCGUAUACUUUGGUAAGAGGUGGGAACAACGAAAAAUUACCCGUGUGUCACAGCAAAAUAUUUUCUAGAUUUUGUCCACUCAGUACGGGGUGGUUCACACAUUGUCCGUGCUGACAAUGGUACAGAGAACGUCAAUAUGGCAGCAAUACAGUGUUUUUUCAGAAGAGAG